AAAAAAGAAUCUAUUCAUAUGCAGCUGUUGCACUCAUUAAACAAAAAACAAAUCUCUUUUGUGUGCAAUACCACUCAACACAAAAGAAAAGAAAAGAAAAUGGAGAUUAAGGGGUCAAGGGAAUGGAACUUUGGUGUGGAGGAAGAAGAGCAAGGCAACACCGCUUCAGCCGUCACAGUCCGGGGAGUUCUCAAUAUCUUGUACCAAAAUAUAAGAAAACAUGAUAAUAACACACCUGUGGAUGUGGUCAUCCCUAUUGGCCAUGGUGACCCUUCUAACUUCCCUUGCUUUCGCACUCCCCCCACUGCUGAAGAUGCCGUUGUCAAUGCCCUCCGUUCAGCCAACUUUAACUCCUAUUCCUACACCAAUGGUCUCCCAUCGGCUAGAAAGGCUAUUGCAGAGUACCUAUCCCAGGAUCUUCCAAACAAGUUAACUGUGGAAGAUGUUUUUGUCACACUUGGAUGCACACAAGCUAUAGAAAUGAUAAUAACAGCUCUUGCUCGUCCUGGUGCCAAUGUUCUUUUUCCAAGGCCGGGAUUUCCCUACUAUGAAGCCCGGGCUGCCUCGAGCAAGCUUGAAGUUCGUCACUAUGACCUUAUUCCCGAACAAAGAUGGGAGGUUGAUCUUCAACAUGUUGAAGCUCUUUCGGAUGAGAACACUGUUGCCAUGGUCGUGAUUAAUCCUGGAAAUCCAUGUGGAAGUGUUUACAAUGCCCAGCAUUUGGAGAAGAUUGCAGAGACGGCAAGGAAGCUUAGAUUUGUUGUGGUUGCUGAUGAAGUUUAUGCUCAUAUUUGUUUUGGAAGUACACCAUUUAUUCCUAUGGGAGUUUAUGCAUCCAUUGCACCUGUUCUAACGCUCGGCUCUAUAUCAAAGAGAUUGGGUGUACCUGGUUGGCGUCUUGGUUGGAUUGUGACAAAUGAUCCUGAUGGCAUCCUCAAAAAAUCUGGGCUAACCAGGAAAAUCAUCAAUUGUCUCGAUAUCUCAAAUGAUCCUGUGACCUUCAUUCAGGGUGCAAUUCCUGAUAUGCUUCAGAAUACUACCAAGGAGUACUAUUCAAAAAUUGUUGCGAUUGUCAAAGAAGCUGCAGAGACAUGCUACUCUAAAAUAAAAACUAAUCCUUUCAUUGAUUGUCCACACAAGCCAGAAGGCUCAAUGUUUGUGAUGGUAAAGCUUAAUGUUUCUUUGUUGGCUGACAUAAAUGAUGAUUUGGAGUUCUGUCUCAAGCUUGCACAAGAAGAAUCAGUCAUAGUUAUGCCUGGGGUAGCAUUGGGGAUGAAGAAUUGGCUGCGAAUAACUUUUGCUAUUGAACCUUCACUUCUUGAAGAUGGUCUUCAAAGGAUAGAAGUCUUUUGCCAUAGGCAUGCAAAGAAGCAAUAAGAUUUUUAUUGUAUGUGUCUUGAAAAUGCUGGUGGGGUGGGAGGUUAAACAGUUUAUAUCAGAAAACUAUCAUCAGCUUAACUAAUAAAAACUAAACUGUUGUCCCAAUAUAUUUAAAUAAAAUAAGGGUUGUUUGAGAUGAUCAA